AUGACUGUCGAGUCGUUCGCUGAGCACCCGCCUCUGGGCCAUUCUGACGUGCCUGACAUGUGUCAUGCAGUUGCCUCGGGGAUCUCCGAGUCGGUGAACAAGAAGGAGGCGUCGAAUACGGAUUGCGCGAAGAAUAAAUAA